ACAAUGUGAUUCAACAAUCAAACUAUGCAACGUGGGCAAAACGUCUGCGGCGAAUCUCGAGCAACUAUGGAAGUUGUCAUAACAUACAUACCACACUCAACGCAACUACUUCUAAUUGAGAUAUAUAGGGGAGCACAUGGCGGAAGGUGCAUUCCUCGGCACACGCUAGAGCGUUUACCCAGUGAUAUAUGAUAGUGCUCUUGCCAUCAUUGGCGAGCACACUUCUAGUAGGAUCCGCGCGGCGUUGUCGGUCCAAGAGAGCCCGAGCCGGACACCCUAUCCAACGUCGAGGUAUAUGAGCCGUUGAUUUCUCUUCGGAUACCUUGUCCCUUCCCCGUCAGUGGCGACAUUCACAGCCAUGAUUGAGGAGGGCGAGGACCCAACUGCACCUGAUGAUGAUCUGACGACCAUCCUUGCCAUGAUUGCGGAACUCUGCCUUGACGACAUCGACAAUAUCGAGUCCGCCCAUAAGGGCAAGGGCAAGGCCAGUACGACCCCCACCGACGAAGAGAUCGCCCUUCAACUUCUCGCUGAAGAUGCUCGGUCGCUCCUAGCUGUGUCUAAGGACGCGGCAUUUGCGCGCAGCGUUGACAAAGCUCUAGAAGCGGACCAUGCGCUCAUCGAAGAACUCGUACGAAUGGAAGCAACAGCACGCCACGAUAGGGAGCAUGCGUUUGCUCUUCAUCGCGGGAGGCUUCUGACUGAAAGGCAGGCUGCAACUGAGUUUACGCGUCGACGGCAACACCCAAGGGAUCAGAUUGAGGACGUCGAGAUCCGUGCCCCCUGCGGCCAUUACUGGGGUGCGGACUGUCUCGUGGAGCUUUUUCGGGCUGCGACGACGGACGAAUCGUUGUUUCCUCCGCGAUGCUGUCAGCAGCCAUUCAUCGUGAGCGAAGUCGAACCUCACCUUGGCCCAGAACUAUCCGCACUAUUCAACAAGAAAGCAAUCGAGUUUAAUACAGCGGAUCGGGUAUAUUGCCAUCAGCCUACGUGCUCUUCGUUCAUUGGCGCAGCAACGUCUGUUGCCUCCAUCCAUGGCUGCACGUGCUGGGAGCAAGCAUGCGGUCGUUGCAAAGAAGUGGCACACCCUGCGAGCUUUUGCUCUGUUGACGACACUCCCAUUCUCGCUCUCGCUGAGAAAGAAGGAUGGAAGCGUUGCCCCGGAUGCCGCCACCUCGUGGAGCUAACUCAAGGCUGCUAUCAUAUGACGUUCCGGUGCAGGAGACAGUUCUGCUAUGUUUGCACAGAGACAUGGAAGACAUGCAACUGCCCACAGUGGGACGAGGCACGAUUGUUGACGACGGCAGAGGAUCGGGUUCAAAGAGAGCUUCCUGCGGGCCCGCCGCCUGCUCCAGCGCAGUACAGACGGAUGGUAGCGCAUGCGGCAGAGCGCCUGCGUGUUGACCAUGAUUGCCAACACGUUUGGAGGUAUCGGCCUGGAGGUGGCCAAUGCGAGCAGUGCUCCCACUAUUUGGGCGUGUUCUUGCUGAGCUGUCGGCAUUGUCGUCUGAACGUGUGCGUGCGAUGUCGCCGCAACAGGUUGUAAUGCAAAUGUGUUGCGUCUGUCUCUGAUCUGGCCCGAAUGUCGUAGAUUUUGAUGCCAAAGGGCACGUUCGCGUGUGUUGUAUACCUAGAGAGCUUGUUCCGAACGUCAAAGACAUGUACGCUCGAGCAAUUCACUCAUUUCAGAUAAG